AUGGCAGCUAUCGGUGACUAUAAGGUGUUUAAUGAUCCCAUCCAUGGCCUUGUGAAGCUGCAUCCAUUGCUCGUCAAGAUCAUCGGCACACCUCAGUUUCAGCGCCUUCGAAACAUCAAGCAGCUUGGAGGGACUUCUUAUGUUUACCCUGGAGCAACCCACAGCCGCUUUGAACACAGCAUUGGGGUUGCUUAUUUGGCUGGAGAACUUGUUCAGGCUCUGAACAACCAGCCAGGACUCAACAUCACUCCUGCUGAAAAACUAUGUGUGCAGAUUGCUGGACUCUGCCAUGACCUGGGACACGGACCAUUUUCUCAUCUGUACGAGGAGAUGUUUGAACGUAAUGAAUGGACACAUGAGAUGGCAUCUGUAGACAUGUUUGACCACCUGGUGGAAGAAAAUAACUUGAUGGACAACAUGACGAACGCAGGCCUAAAUCUGGCCCUGGACCUGGACUUUAUAAGGGAACUUUGUCUUGUUAAACUAAUUUUAACAAUUUUACCACCUCCACAGUGGCUUUUAAAUGGUCGCCCCGAGGACAGGUCCUUCCUCUAUGAAAUCGUGGCCAACAAAAGGAACGGAAUCGAUGUGGAUAAGUGGGAUUAUUUUGCCAGAGACUGCCAUUAUUUGGGUAUGAAGAACAGCUUUGACUAUCAGCGUUUGAUAUUGUCUGCCAGGGUGUGUGCGUGGGACAAUAGGAAUGAGAUCUGUUUCAGAGACAAGGAAGUGUUCAAUCUGUACGACAUGUUCUACACGAGGUUCUCUCUGCACAAAAGAGCCUACAAGCACAAAGUGGCAAAAGCCAUAGGGCUGAUGAUCAUACAUGCCUUUAGGAUUGCAAAUGAACACAUUCAGAUCAGAGGCUCUGUCAACGAUGAUGGUGAAGUGCAAAUCUUCAAUCUGAACACAGCUAGAGAUGACAUGGAGGCUUACACCAAGCUGACAGAUGAUGUAGUUGAACUGAUACGGAACCCUCAAAAUGCUAAUGCAGCCCUUACGGGGGCAAAGGAACUACUGGACAGAAUACAUAGCCGCAACCUCUACAAGUGUCUAGGGGAAAUUGUGGGGGCAAGAGAGUUCCCCUGUGAAAAUCUGCUCCCCUCUGUGUCGGGAGCAGCAGCCAGAGAGGCGGAGUUUCACGGUGCUUCUGAUCGGUUUCUCGCUGAAAUGUCCAUAUUCUCUCCUCACUCAUCGCGCAGUGAAGCGGAGAAAUCUCGCCGUCAUCACAGCAGCCUGCUGAGAAGCGACAUGCUCUCUACACUACCUCUCUGCACGGCGCUGCUGUGCUGA